ACCACCUAAAGAUACACAUAACUGUACAUAAACACACAAUUUGAUUCAAUCCCUACACCAAACACAGAUCAUUAAGAUGAGUAGCAGGCCACAUUCUUGCAGACUCCAUCCCUGCCGACCUGAUCAUCCCGUAACAUCUUUAUUUGUGCAAAGCCUUAAGUCUUCAUUAGACUCUGGGGAUGAGGUAGCCGUAACCGAACUGCUGAGAUGCCAAGUCAAACAUGUUGAUGCCGUCAUUGAGCUUUCCAACGAUGAUUGGAUGAAGGAACCAUCUGCACGGAUCCCACCACAGGUCCUCCUGGGUUUGUGGACUCUUGAAUAUGCACAAGAGCUCACCUCCCCAUUGUGCAUCACCAGCUCCAGAGGCUACACAGGGUGUGUUCGCUAUCUCCUGCAUCGUCGUGCCGAUCCCAAUGCAGCCCCAGGGGGGCGCUCUCCUUUGCAUGAAGCCUGUGCUAGAGGGCAUGUGGAUUGCGUCCAACUCUUACUGCAAUAUGGAGCUAAUCCCAACCAAAUGAGCGAUGACGGGCUGUGUCCCUUACACUACUGUGACACUAACAGCUCAUUACGGUGUGCUGAGCUACUUCUCCAACAUGGAGCAAUAGUAAACCAGACUACAGAAGAUACAGGAGACACCCCACUUCAUGUUGCUUGUCAGCUUGGCCUCCUAGACCAUGCCAAGCUCUACCUUAGCCGUGGAGAAAAUGUCAACUUAAAGAACCGGGAGGGGGCAACCCCACUAAGUGCAGCAUGUAAAGGCAAAGGAGGAGAUAAAGAUGGCCGCUUGGAGAUAUGCUGUCUUCUCUUACAGAAUGGAGCUGACCCAGAGACACAAGACCAGCAAGAGAGGAGACCUCUACACCAUGCUUGUCGAGGGGCUGAGCACCAGCUGGUAGAUCUGCUUCUUGCCACUAAUGUCGAUGUUAAUGCAGCAGACUAUAAUGGGAUCCUACCCCUGAGUUGUGCACUGCAGAGCGCUGACCUACAGCAAGACAAGAGACCCCAACUCAUUGUACGUGCUCUGCUCAACCAUGGAGCACGCUGCGUUUGUCCAGAGGCUUUUGGAAAGGUCCUGCAUUGCUGUUCUGGAAACCCUGAAAUUAUAUCCCUAUUAUACAACUCAUAUAAAAGCCUGAGAGUUUGCAGCCGUUGGAAACUUGAGAUCCCAGAUGAUGUGCUCCAGACUCACCAAUCCUUCUACACAACAUUCUUCAACCUGUCUGGUUCCGUUCGUUCCUUGCAGCACCUGUGCCGAUUUGUUCUCCGCAGACAUUUUGGCAGCCAUUGUCACUGUGUAAUACCCUUAUUACCAGUGCCACAACCCAUACAGGACUUCCUGCUGCUGAUCAAUGGAGAUCAUUUAUUCUAAUGGACUACAGCUCCCUUGAUGCACUGCAUGCAACAUAUAAGUUACUCGGCUGUUACUGGACUGCAUUUAAAGUGUGUGAAUCAGAAAUGUUUGUGAUUAUUAAUCUGAUUUUAUUUUCUAUAUAAUAAAAGCUUUUGCAGAAGUUUUGCUUUAACUUUAUGUAACUAGUUUCUGUUACACUUUUUAAAAUUCUUUUUUGUGAAUGCAGACACGUGUAUGCAAAACAUAGAUAGACAUAGGCAAUAGUUAAAUAAAUAAAUAAAAUCACAGUUUUUUUUUAUACCCCAAUAAAAACAUGCAUGCACUUAAUUGUGCAUUUAUUCAUUGUUGGUUUAGCGCAAAAUGACUUGCAAAAGCUGCAGGUGUGUUUUCUAAAGCUAUUGCAACCCCUCCCCUUCUAACCCUGCCCAUACUUUCUGUAGCUGUCCAAUCACAGACUUCCCAAUGCAGCUCAAUGAUAAGACUUUGCAAGGCAGGUGCUUUGGGCUAUUGCUGCCUCUGGAAUUUAAUUCCACUAAACCAAACAACCAGGAAGUGUGAAUGACAGACAGGGGGCUGUAAACAGGGUUAAUGUAUAACAGUGCCAAUUUCUAUUGAAAUCUAUUGAAAGAAUGUUCACACAUAUUCCUGAGGAAGUCCAACUGGACAAAACAUUUUUGAUUGCUACUACUUACCUUUGGACUAUUUAUCUUAUUUUGUUUGUAGUAAUUACCUUUAUAUUGUAUGUUGCUGUCUGCACUUUAUCUUAUUGAGAAGAUUUUCCC